AUGAAGCUUAUUUGCGUUUUGUGCAUAAUCGUGUGUGCAUACUGUGCACCAGCACCAGAUGGAACAAAUGAUCAAUCAGCUAAACGCAUCCCUCAAUGUCCAAAUAUCAAGUGUGCAAAACCAAAAUGUAAAAAUCCUACACCAAACUUUUCAACAUUUAAUGGCACAAAAUGUCGAGCAUGUUCAAGUUGUCCUAAAUGUGAAUUACCAGAAUGUCCAGCACUAAACUGCACAAAUUCUGAACCAACUAAUACAACCGUCAAUGGUACAGAAUGUCCAGGAUGUCCAACUUGCCCUUCAUGUCCAAUACUAGAGUGUCCAGCAAUAAAAUGCACAAAUGCUGAACCAACUUCUACAACCGUCAAUGGUCAAGAAUGUGCAGGAUGUCCACGUUGUCCUUCAUGUCCAAAAAGAGCAUGUCCAGAUAUAGCAUGCGCGAAUGCUCAACAAACUUUUACAACAAGCAGUAGUGGAGAACAAUGUCCAGGAUGUCAUACUUGUAGUCCAACACCAGUUGAACAAAGCUAA